AUGUUCUUCCCACAAACACCCACAAACUUCAAAUUAAUUUCUGGCAUCAUUCUGGCCCAGGCACCUUCAUGCCUUAUCCCUGUGCACACCCUAACCUCUAUGCUUGCUUUGGUUGGUUGGUUGGUUGCUGUACACAGAUAUGUGCUAAAGCCCCCGUCCAUGCUGACGCCUGGCAGUCAGUUUGACCCAGACGACUACACCACAUUUGGCCACGACCGCUACGGCGGCAUCAAACCUGUCAAGAUCACCAUCGAGAUUCUGGCGGGAAAGCACCUCAACACACUCAAGGGAACGCCCACGCCGUUUGUGGAGAUCGACGUAGUAGGUACUGACAUUGACUCAGAGCAGAAGUACCGAACAUCUGGCAAGACAUCUGCGGGUGUACAGAGCAAUGGUCUAUGCCCGCACUGGGAGAUGGAGGUCUUCCAAAUGACGAUUCUGUACCCUGACCUUGCACUGAUCCGCCUGAGUGUGAUGGACGAGGGUGUGUUUGGUGAGCCUCAAGCGUUUGCGCAUGCGUGUGUGCCUGUGCGUUGUUUGAGAGCGGGGCUGCGUAGCAUUCCUCUGGUCAAUGGCCUGGGUGAGCCUCUGGAGAUGUCGGCCUUACUCGUCAGAUGUGAGCUCGAACCCCAUCAACUGGUCCUGGAGGAGAAGGUAGGUGUAUUGGUGCAGUUGUAG